AUUAGAAGUCAUUAUGUUUAGUAAACAAUAUUUUAUAUUUAUCUGUUAAGAGUCUUAUCUAUGUUCAAGCAUUCAUAUUCUCAUAGCGUGAUUACUUCUUAUUUAAUGCCAAUUAUAGUACUAGAGCAUACGCAUUAACUCUCUUCACAUGUAACAAAUGUACCAUUACUUAAUAGCAUUUUUUUAUGUUAAAAUAUGUGAAAUAUCUCAUAUAGGUUCACCCAAUGAUCAACUCUUUUUUACUGCAAUAAGUUCAAAAUGUCAAAACAGUCGAUGUUAGUUUGUUUAGGCUAAAUUCUGCAACCAUAUACACUGUUUAGCUUGCCUAUAGUUCCACACUGCUGCUGCAUUAGUAUUGCUUUAAUGCGUAGUUUAAUUUUAAAGGGGUUAGCUUUUGUUCUGAAUCUGUAAUGAUUUUAAGCUGUUUUGAAGCAACAUGGGUGUAAGAUUGGAAACAUUUCGGAUGCUAACUUAUCUCUCAUUCCCACUGCUCACGUUUUAUAUCGUCAACACGUCAAACUACCUGAGGAAACCUAUGUCAGAAGAGACAAGAAAGCGACACGACGAAAUACACGAGAAAAAUAGAGCAAAAGUAAGAGCACAGUUGGAACUAAUUGAAGAGUACAAGUUGGAGAAACUGAAGAAAUAACUUUUUUAAUAUAGAGCGUCCUGUCUAUAACACUGAUAGUAUGGCUAAUCCACGGGGUAACUUGAAUUCUGUACAAGUUAAACUGAAUGCAUUAUGGGACCAGCAGAACAUUAAAGCUUUGAGCCGUCUUAUGUCAGAUGUUUUAUUCUCUUCUUCCACCCCCUAUGGCGAUUGUUUGUAUUUAUUGAUGUCCUGUAAAAGCAAAAAGCGUCCGAAAUCUGUUGGUAUCUUUAUUCUUAAUUUUCUUGAGGACUGGAUAACAGAUCACACAGAACAGCUGGAGAGCAUCACCAAUGCAAUGAAAGACAAAGCUCUCGAAAUAUGCGAUAUUUCGCAUAAAAACUUGUUGUUAAAACUCAUCAGUGUGUACCAAGUGAAUCAACCAGAUCUGAGCAAGAUAAUUCAUCAUGUCAGGACAAAACUUAAAGGUGGUGGGAUUAAAGAAGCAGCAGCUUAUGUUGCCCAUUUAAAACUGCACGACCAUUUCAGCAUUUAUGAUAUUGCUCUGCCCGCUUUACUUCAAAACAGAGUUUCAAUUUUGGAGGACUAUAUUCGGGACUGCACACCUGCUCGUGAAGAAGUAAUGCAAAUGUUGGACCAGUGGUUAGCGCCUGAUUUUGACUUGGUGGAAUUCUGCAUGGAUCAUAACUUUAAUCAGGUUCGAGGGGAGAUAUUACGGCCGCAGUUUAUCGACAGACUGCUAGUUCGAUUGAUGAAAACGUACCAACCUGAUGUUAAUAUGUACGACGUGUGCAAAAACCUGUACAAACGUCACAUGCUGGGCAAACUACGGUACAUUUUGUACAGAUAUUAUGUGGAGGAAGCAGCUACAAUGCAGAAUACACGCGAACUAGUGCUGAAAACUGUUGGUGAUGACGAAUGGUUGCAGGUACAACUAGUGGAUAUGGUACACCAUGCAUAUCAUGAUGAAGAAGAAGCAUAUAGACUGAAGCUGCAUUUUAAUCCAGAUUUAAAAACAGAAGUUUUGGAUACAAAGAACUGUGAGAAUUCAGAUUCGGAAGACUGGUUUACUGAAGGUGCUUCUGCAACACUGGGAAGUCAAUCAACCCAGAAUAAAAUCACGCAGAACCAAUUCCAUCAACUUAAAUUGCCUUUAACUUCUGUAAUAGUUGUUGAUAACGAAGAAUUGUUGCAAAAGUGCUAUGAAAAUAUUUUGAAUAAUAACUCAUGUGUUGGAAUUGACUCUGAAUGGGCAUUCUCUACUUCAAAUACUGAUGGAGUUGCUAUCCUGCAGCUGGCGGUGCAGAGCAAUGUGUAUCUAUUAGAUGUGUUUAAUUUUACGAAUCAAAUGAACACUUGCACUCUUGGUUUGUUUUUAGCAAAACUUAUAAAAUCGAAAAACCACCUGAAACUUGGGUAUGGUUUAAAUGAGGACAUGCAGAAACUGGCUUGCAGUAUUCCCUUGCUGAAGGAAGCAUUACAAGCGUCGGUAAGAGUGCUAGAUUUCCACAUUGUACUCAAACAUGCAUGUCGCCUUUACCCAAAACUUCUGGCAAUGGAAAAUGAUGCUGAUGAGCUUUGUAAGCAUAGUGGACUCAGCAAACUUGCAUUACAAACUUUGGGCCAGGCCCUAGAUAAAAGUGAGCAGAUAUCAGAUUGGGAAAGACGCCCACUUCGUGUCACACAAGUCACAUAUGCAGCUUUGGAUGCAUUCUGCCUGCUGGAGAUAUAUGACGUACUUUCAAUAAGGUUACAAGAGUUAGGCUGCAAUGUUACAUUGGAAAAGAUAAUAAACCAACCUGUGCCUAAAGUUAAACGGCGUGGAAGGGGAAAAGGACCAGCAACUGAUAUGCAGGCUGGGCAAAACUCAAAUGAGGUAUCCAUUUUGCCGCAGGAUAAACCACCUGUCAACGAAGUUUCAGCCCGUGAUUUUAAAGUGGUUUGUGACAACAUGCUACAAGGCCUUGCAAGGCAGCUUCGUUGCUGUGGUAUUGACGCUAAAAUGCUUUCCAAUUUUGAAGACCAUGACGUGUGUGCUAAAAUUGCCCAGCAAGAGAACAGGAUCAUUUUAACUUCAGGUUCACCUUUUAGAUUUCUUUCCUCUCAGGUCGCAGUUGGCCACUGUUUCAAUGUCCCUAAUGGUUUAAAAGCCAAGGAGCAAGUAGCUGUUGUUCUGGAGAAGUUCAAUGUGAAUGUAACGCAACUCGACGUUUUCAGCAGGUGCCAAAUAUGCAACUGUGACCAAUACUUGAAGCUCUCUUCUGGGGAAAUGCUUGAAGCGAUUAGAAUCAAAACAGCGGCAGUGUCUGCGCCUGCCAGUGUACCGUGGAACUGCUUUCGCGGUGGCGAUAGCGAGUUAUCGUAUGCUCAGACAGACGAGCUACAAAGGAGCGACGACUACAGCGACGACGAUACUUUCAUGUUUGGUAACGAUUCGGUUGCUGAAGAAAAUAUGAUCCCGUUGACAGUCGUACCAGAUAAUUCGUCCACUGUAGAGUUGGACUGGCCUUCUAUAUUCAGUGCUAAAGCAAUUGAUCAAACCGAUACGGUUAUAGCAAAUAAACUGUGUGAUCUACAACUUAGUGACACGAAACCAACAUAUGCAAUCAAUCCCUUGUCCCUUUCCAACAACGCUAGGUUAAACAUGUCGGAUAUCACUAUUAUAUCAAAGUUGCCGGGUAAAGCUGACGUGACCAUAACACCACUGCACUGUGAGCAAGUCCCAUUACCGGUGGCGGAAAGAAUACGUGAAUUCUUCUGCUGCGUUCAAUGCGGUAAAGUUUACUGGGAAGGCAGACACUUCGGCAAUGUACUGGAACAGUAUGGUCAUAUAUUAAACGACUAACCACGUGUCGAAUUCAUAUUAACCGAAUCUGUACAUCGCAUACCAAUAGUGACCGCUAGUCACGAAAUCGCGGCAAUUAGACGAUUUUAACUAAAUUUGCCGAGUAAUGUGUUGGUUAACUAUAAUUACAUGUGUGCCAAUUAUCGUGUUUUGAGAAAAUAAACCCUUUCGUUUUCAUUUA